UAUGACUAUGAGCCCAUUAGGAGUCGAGGAAAGCCAAAGUCGCAAAUUCUGGACAUGGUCACCACACAGAACGGUAUUUCCAGAAGCAGGACGGUGACAUUGAUGUGAAUCCAGGAAUAAUCGACUGUACCCUCGUAUUGCCCUCGUAUUGGGCAGAAUUUGGCCAUAGUAUAUGGACACCGAGUUGAAGACACAAUGACCAUACCCCCCUAGCAGCGACGUCACCUUCCUAUCGUUGGCCGCAAGGUUUAGCACCUCAAAUAAUUCUUCGCCUGUAGCAGGUAACGAAGGGUAAGUAGGUCCAAUUUCCGUUGCCACACUAUUUACCGUAGUCUGAGGCCUUCAAGCUUCGGGAUCAGAUCAAACUCUUGUGACCAUCAGUCUGACUCCCGUCGUCUCAUGGGAUGUACAUAUAUUAUCCUACACUUAAGGAAUUGCUUCACCUUUCAUCUCGUCGCUACCUAACUGAUGCAAACGGACGUCGCUGAACUCGCUGGGAUCUUAGUAGAGUCCAUCCUAUACGGUAUUCUCACUGUGCUCACCAUCGGGACUCUUUAUGUUCUGUGCAGAACAAAACACCUCAGAGGGUCAUCGCCUAAUUACCCUCUUAUCUUCACCUCUGUGUGCGUGGAUACUGGCUCUCUUAAACGAUUACCGAUCCAACAUGAUUGUACCGCUGGUACAGGUUGAUGUAUGUCCUCGCAACCACACAGAUGGUCGUUGACUGCGUUGUGAUUUUCGGCGCUUUUGUUGAACCCGAGCCUCGAACCUUGCGCAAGGCCAAAAUGGCCAAUAAUACCAUCCCCAUCAUCGCUACAAAACGGGCCUUAUUCUUUGUAAUGAUGAUCUUGGGGGAUAUCAUAGUUAUCUAUCGUUGUUGGGUCGUUUGGUCCCAUAACGUGCUAGUGAUAAUUUUGCCUUCAUGUUGCUGUUUCACAAGUGCCGUUCUGGCAUUCAUAACCAUCUACGCGACUCAGCAUCUAGAGGCUGAUUUUGCCAUCAGCAUCGUACAGCAGCCAUGGGUCUAUGGUUCAGCACUGUUCGCCUUGUCUCUCGUAGCUAAUGGGAUGGCAACUUCUUUGAUUGCAUUCCGGAUCUGGCAGAGCGAAAAGCACCUCCGAAAGAUGCACAUAUCGAGGUUGGCUUUGACCUGGAGGUCCAACGAUCAAACGCCUCGUCGAAAGACUCUUCUUCCUAUAGCCCUUAUACUCAUCGAAAGUGGUGCUCUUAAUACAGCAUAUCUGAUAACAUACAUUAUUACUUUGUAUGUCGAGAAGGAUGCUGGCGGCCUACCUAUUGUGGCUGAUAUGGCGACACCAUUAGUCGGGAUAAUCUUCUCCCUCGUUAUUGUUCGGGUGGAGAUGAAUAGAUUGAGGGCGAAUCGAAUGGGAACAAUUCAGAGGAGCGGUGUGGGCAAUGACCAUGUGGAAGGCGCCGAGCGGCGGUCAUUGACGUUCGGAGCUCCUGAACAGCACGAUACCCUCCGCGGCUUUGGGCAUGGUGGCACUGAGGAGAUUUAUCCGAUGCAUCAAACUAGCACGAACCAGCAAUGGAAACUGAGAGAACAUAUGCCAGACGUACCUCCGGCUCCAUAUGAUACACAACCAGAUACAUAACCGUCAUUCCCUCCAUAGCUUCUUCCUUUUUUUGUGUAACUAUGUUAUAAAGAACCCCAGAAAGUCUGGUGACACCGUUGUAAUGAUUGACACG